AUGCUGCUCGUCCAGGGCAAUUUGUACAAUACAAACUACACCAGCGUCGUCGGCAUAUCCAAUGACGAAAUCGCAUACAUCAGCUGCGACACCACCGACUACAACGGCUACGAAUCUGCGCAGGGCGUCUUCGAACAAACCUACUUGCAAGGCAACAUCUCGGCAGUCAUCCUGUACAGCAGGACGUCAGACUACUGCAACUACACUCAGGACAGGACACAGGUCAUGAUGGACGAGUUCGCCAUAUACUCGAUGACAAACAGAGCGGACUCGGCAAAGGUGCGCAACGACAUCAUCGACAUGCCGGCAGCCAUGAAAUACUUCGUUCAAGUCAAGGCGCGGGAUGAGGGGAACAACGACUCCGGCAACAACGGCCAAUACGGUCAGCAGAACCCCUUGGGGCCAUCGCCGUCGACCGCCGUUGCCAUGAUCAUUUUGUACAGCAUCACCGGCAUCAUCACAGCCUUGUUCCUCGUCAUCAUCAUCACCGGCGCCGUCCGCGCGCAUCGUCACCCCGAGCGAUACGGCCCUCGAAACGUACUCGGACGACCAAGGCAAAGCAGGGCAAGGGGCUUGGGACGAGCUAUAUUGGAUACCAUACCCAUCGUCAAGUUUGGCGAGAAAGAGCCGGCGAAACCGACCGAUGUCGAACUGGGAUCGACGGCAGAAACACGGGAUGUGAAUGGCGUGAACACGGACACGGAAGCGCAAGCGAGCGGAGGAACAGCUGCGACACAGCACGAUACGGCUCCAGCUUCUGUGCCUGGUGCGACUGAGACAGCACAGGUCGUAACAUCGGAUCCCGCGGAAGAGCAGCAAUCCGGCAUCGCGCCGGCACAGCCUGUUGCCGCUGGUGCGACAACGGGUACCGACAAUGCUUCACCAGAUGAAGGCCUGGGAUGCUCGAUCUGUACCGAAGACUUCGAGAAGGGUCAGGAUCUCCGUGUUCUCCCAUGCGACCACAAGUUCCAUCCAGAAUGCGUGGACCCAUGGUUACUAAACGUGUCCGGCACAUGUCCGUUAUG